CCCGCCAACAACAAAAUCCACGAAAAAUAAAAUUCAACUCCGCGUAUGUGGAAGACUAUGAUUCCAAUUUAGAUAAUUGUUUAUAAGCAACUACUGACCACUCGCCUCAUUUUGAUUAGGUUUCCUUUUCGUUCUUUCCCCCAUGUUGUUCGCCGAGAUCCCCUCCUGCUCCAUCUUCUGCUUCCUCACGAUUUUUUUAUAGUCUCUUGCGGCGGCCGACUUCCGAUCCUCCAGAUCAUUCUCUUUCUUUGGAUUUCAUCUGGGUUUCGUUGGAUUUCAUCUGGGUUUUGUUGGAUCUUCUCGAUUCUUCUCUCAAUUUGAGCUGAAGGAUAGAGUAGUGGAAUUGAGAGAUUUGUUGUGGUCAAUUAUUGUCUGGAAAUGAUGGGAGGACAAUCUAGCAAGAACAGAUCAGGUCGCGGUGUUGCUUCUUCAGCUCCUUCCGUUCUCAUCAAUGUUGAUUCUCACUAUUCAGCUGCACUUAGUUCAUAUGAAACCGAGUGUGAAAAUAAUCCAGAUUUGCAAUCCUUCGAUGCUAAACUGCACGAACGGACAAACCAGGCUCUCCAUUCGUUAGCCACCGGAAUUGGCCCGGGUUCUCUGUCGUUGGAUGUGCUCAUGGAGAUCCCUGAAUUUUUACUGGAAAUGAAUGAAGAUGCGGUUAAGUUGAUCCUUGCAAGUAAAGAGGAUGUAUGGAGCAACAAGGAGUUGUUUGAGCUUGUGGAUGCAUUCUUCGAUAACAGUCUCAAAACAUUGCAUUUCUGUGCGGCGUUGGAGAAUUGUCUACGACGCACUCGGGAUAGCGAACUCAUCAUUAAAGUUGCUAUCAAUCAAUUUGAAAGUGGUGAGAAUGGAGAUGAUGAGAGAUAUGUAAAGACAAUUGAAGGGUUGAAGAAGUUUCAGGAGGUUGGGAAUCCCUUUGCUCAGGAAUUUGUUCAGCUGUUUGUGCCUUUAUACAAACAGCAUUUGUCCAUGUUCAAGAAGUUGCAACAUCAGAAGAAGAAGCUUGAUAAGAAAUAUCGCACCAUGAAAACAUGGAAGAAACUUACAAAUGUCUUUCUGGUUACUCUAUUUGCAUCCAUUCUCGUUUUCUCUGUUGUAGCGGCUGCAAUGUCUGCACCUCCCGUAGUGAUUGCGUUAACUGCUGCACUGGUCGUUCCGAUGGGCCCGGUCGGGAAAUGGUGUAACACGCUCUGGAAUCGGUACUUGAGCCACAUCAAAGCAGAGAAGCAACUUAUCAACUCUGUGCAAGGUCACACUUACAUAGUUCUGAAGGACUUUGAAAACAUUCGAUUGCUUGUGCAAAAGUUAUCGAUUCAGUUAGGUUCGUUGUUGCAGAAUACCGAUCUCGGCAUCAGGGAACAGGGUGCUAUGCAACUUGUAAUAGAUGAGAUCAAGAAAAACCUAAAAGGGUUUGAUGAGACCAUAGAGAAGUUGAGUGUACAUGCUUCUAAAUGCAGCACAGACGUAACAAAAGCAAGAACAGUAAUUAUUCAGAAAAUAGCAAUGCAUCAUAACAGCUGAUAGCUUGGUCGGAUUUCGUUUCUGAGUCUCAUCAGAUGCUUGUAUGCUACUCUAUCAGUAUAUAACAAUAGGGAAGGAAGAGUGAGACGGGCCAUAAACAAAUGAUAUACUACUCAUCUUAUAUCUGAAAGAUCGAGUCUCGUCAAAGUGAGCUCACUCGUUCGAGUAUUUAUUUAGGUACGCUUUGAACAUGUUGUGAUUCAGAAAGAUUAGUUACUUAUUUAUGUCCUUUCUAUAUGGAUGUUGGUUGAUGCAUGUAACUGUGACCAAGGUACCAAGAGGUGUGGGAAUGUAUAAUAACUUCAUCUCUUUGUUCUUCCGUAUUCAGAAAUAUUCGAGUAA